CGUCUCCGGCACUUGCUUGGAUCCUCUAGUGAAAACGAUUCACACACGAUGCUCACUGUUAUUACUCGCCGUGCCCCAGCAAUUCCCCUCACUCGUCUCGCUCUCUCAAGGGGUUAUACCUCAAGUGUCAAGGAGGGCAGCGUUGCCCAGAGCAAGGGGAUUCUCGAGAAGGCUCAUGAAGACGAGUACGCUCGUAAGCACGAGGCGGAGCUGCUGCGCAAGCUGAAAGCUGAGAUUGAGGCGAAGAAAGAGGAACUCGUACGUUACCAGUAUCCCCGUCCCUUUUAUGAUCCUUCUGACUUUGAAUACCAGGCCAAGCUUCAGGAGAAGCAUGACGAGGUCAACUCCAAGCAGUAAAAUUCUUCAGUGCAAUGCCUGUGUGCAUUCUCAUCUCCUGGUCACGUACUGUUGUUUUCUCUGAUCGUCUAGCUAU